GCUGUUAAUGUUCUCAUGGAUGCUGCAGAACCCCCUCGUCUGCUGGGGGAUGGAUUAUGUAACCCAGAUGAACUUGACCCCACUGCGGACCCAACAGCCCCCGCCUCCCCUCUCAGGGCCACCGUCUAUUUCUACGUCGUUUGCACCUCAGCCGUGUCCCUCCGUGUCUUCCUCUCGCCAUCUCCUCUGACUCAUCUUCCUAAACCUCGCCACCCCCACUUCCCCCCACCCCUACGUCACUACCCGCCCCCCAGACCCCACCUCCCAACCAAACCACCCCUCCUCCCCCUCUGUUUUUCCUCUCAGUCGUUAAGACAGGCACGACACACAAGGAUGUCGAUUGUCAGCAUCGUCGCCAGGGAGAUCCUGGACUCCCGAGGGAACCCCACAGUGGAAGUGGACCUGCGCACGGAGAAAGGUCUUUUUCGGGCGGCGGUGCCCAGUGGCGCAUCGACUGGCAUCUACGAGGCGCUGGAGCUCCGAGACGGAGACAAGAGCCGCUACAAGGGCAAAGGUGUUCUGAAGGCUGUGGGACACAUCAACGACACGCUGGGUCCUGCACUCAUAGCCUCAGGAGUCAGCGUAGUGGAACAGGAACAGCUGGACAACAUGAUGAUCGAGAUGGACGGCACAGAAAACAAAUCUCAGUUUGGGGCCAACGCCAUUCUGGGCGUGUCUCUGGCCGUCUGCAAGGCCGGCGCUGCCGAAAAGGACGUCCCCCUGUAUCGCCACAUAGCCGACCUGGCAGGAAACACAGAGCUGGUGCUGCCGGUUCCGGCCUUCAACGUGAUCAAUGGAGGCUCUCACGCUGGAAACAAACUGGCCAUGCAGGAGUUCAUGGUCCUCCCCGUCGGCGCCGAGUCUUUCAAGGAGGCGUUGAGGAUAGGCUCUGAGCUCUACCACACGCUGAAGGGUGUGAUCCAGGAGAAGUACGGCCAGGACGCCAUCAACGUGGGUGACGAGGGGGGGUUUGCCCCGAACAUCCUGGAGAACAGCGAGGCUCUGGACCUUCUUCAGACGGCCAUAGAAAAGGCUGGAUUUAGCGAUAAAGUGGUGGUCGGCAUGGACGUGGCUGCCUCGGAGUUCUACCGCGAGGGGAAGUACGACCUAGACUUCAAGUCCCCUCCAGAUGCAGAGCGACACAUCAGCGGCGAGGAGCUGGCCGACAUCUACCAGAGCUUUGUUAACAACUACCCAGUGGUGUCCAUCGAGGACCCCUUUGACCAGGACGACUGGGAGGCCUGGUCCCGCCUGACUGCCCAGGUGGGCAUUCAGGUGGUCGGCGACGACCUGACAGUGACCAACCCAAGACGAAUAGAGAAGGCAGCCGAGGAGCGCGCCUGCAAUUGCCUGCUGCUCAAGGUCAACCAGAUCGGCUCUGUCACCGAAGCCAUACAAGCGUGUAAACUGGCUCAGGCUAACGGCUGGGGCGUCAUGGUCAGCCAUCGCUCAGGAGAGACGGAGGACACCUUCAUCGCCGACCUGGUAGUGGGACUGUGCACUGGCCAGAUCAAGACUGGCGCCCCCUGCAGGUCUGAAAGGCUGGCCAAGUACAACCAGCUAAUGAGGAUCGAAGAGGAGCUGGGAGACCAGGCACGCUUUGCAGGACACAACUUUAGGAACCCCAGCGCCCUGUGAAAAGGACUGAGACACGCACACACACACACACACACACACACACACACACACACACCGAGCCAUGUACAAAUGAAAAAUCACACAUGCAAAAAAUGUAAGAAUAUGCACUGGACCCAUGACCUGUAUGCACAUGCACACACACUCUCUCUCUCUCACACACACACACACACACACACACACACACACACACACACACACACACACAUGCACACACACACACACACACACACGCACGGGCACACGCACGCACGGGCACACGCACGCACACGCGCUCACACGCACACACAGGGGGAGUUAAAAAGCCAGACAUGCACUGUUAUUAGUUCAUUUGAAAAGAUGCUUCUUAAAGAUGUGGACAAGACAAGGAAGCCAACAUGCACACUCCUCUUCCUCGUAAAUAAACAACUUUGUUCUUUGCUUUGUGCUGAAUGUCCGAGAAGAGAUUUAAAAAACAAAAAAAAUCCAAAAAAAGGAGGACUUGUAUCAAUUAAAAUGUGUGAAAUAAACAAUUUGCAAUUUCA